GGGGUAGAGAUGGAGCCUAAGGCACUGCCUCGAGAGCAGCACAUUUUGGACUGGGAAGGGAGGCUGAUGCAGAAAGAGGGAGAUGGAAGCUGCCAAGAAUCCUGCAUGCACAAUUAAGUUCAGACUACAAAACCAUUUAGGGUUUAUGGCCACUUAAGUUAUUACAAAACCAAAUAAAAUGUUUCUUUUCUUAAAAUGGAUUUUAUUUCCGUUUGGGAGUUCUGUUUGAAUGUGACCUGCCCGUGCAGCCUGUGGCAUGAGCUGAUGUGACCCAGCCAAUGCUGUUCCUCUGAGAACUGCCACUUCACUUCCUGCAAUGGGUGGGUUCACCCAGCUUCGCCAGGCUACUGUGGAGGGCUUCAGAGGACUGGACACGGGUGUUUGUUAUAGCCUUGUGUGUUUCCUGCUGUCCUUGUACUUCUUCUUUGAUCACAUCACUCACCAGUUUUGUGGAAGGUGAAAUCCGCUCUGUAUCUUGGAUUCCAACUGUGAGAAACGUCCUUGGUAACCUUGUGUUGCUCCAGAUGGUAAAAUAUGCAGUCCCUACAUCAUUGCAGUAAGGCAAAAUACUUUUCAGUGGCUUGCCUUUUAUCCUAACACUUCUAAAACAUUUUUAUACAUGAUCUUUUCAAAACUACUCUGGGGGAUUUCCACUCCCUUGCUGUUUUAAAAUGCUCAUACUGCUGUGUUAACCACAAAGCUCACGCUGGUACACUCUCUCUCUCUCUCUCUCUGUCUCUCUCUCAUUUUCUCCCCAUUGAGAACCAGCUGCAGUUUCCAGGUAUGGCUUUACCAAAACGUGUCUUGUUGAUGCUGGCAGGAGCUUAACUUUACCAGAAUUAUUUCUCAUUUCUGAAGGGCUAUUCAGGGGCUUGGUACACAGGGGUUGGGGGAAGGCUGCAGAGCCAAAAACAUCUUGGGAAACAAGUUCAUCCCCUGAACUGGCAAAAUGGUGCCACGAUGUUGUAGGGGGGAGAAGCAGAGCCUUCUUGCUGAGAUUUCUGUUGGUGCUUGGGAAUGUGAUAAAACACUCAAGGAUUGCUACAGGAGUGAUGGCACAAGGUUCUUUUCCAGCUGUGAAUAAGGGGUUAUUUUAAGGCAUAACAAUAUUGGUUUGAUUAGAAAUAGAUUUCUUGAUAAUGCAAAAUUAAUUAAUUAAAUAUUUUUAGAAUCUCUAGGGAAAAGAGUAGAUGUAGUAAAUAAGUAAACUAGCUGUAAAAUCAAAGCUGCUUUAGCACCAUACACACUUCAUUAGUUGUAAGAGAGUGGUUUUUAAUUUUUUUUUGUGUUGUAACCUGUGUCUUAAAACCCUGAUGAAGUCUAGUCUUAAGGGAAUUUACUGUAAUGCUUGACAGUACCUCUAUGCAAAGGAUACCCUACUGUCUGACUCUGCUUAGUGAAAAUUUGCCUAUGGAGAUGAGCAAACUGGUGCUUGCUUAGUAAGGUUUUACUGUGCCUUGAGGAUGAGGUAAUAUUACAUUUGGAACUUCAAUAGUAUAGUGGUAUCUGUAUACAAAAGAAAACGUUUAUUCUGCUGUCCUCUGCAGCAACAUCCCCUGGGGUGGCUCAGGCACAUAUCCAAUAGGAAAUUGUUGCUGUUAGAAACACUCUCUCCUGAGUACAGCUGGUCACUGCCCUGCAGCUUUUAAGUGAUUAGGACAACAGCAGAGCAGUUCCUGAGCUUCACUUGCUGCCAGGUGAAGUGGGAGUGAGCCCUGAGUGUUAGCAGUGGGUCUGUGUUGGUGCAACAAGGGAUCCUUUCCCUCCUCAGCCUCUGUGCUGGAGGGACACACUUCUCUCCAGGGUCCUUCUCCCACACAGGGACUCUGCAAGUGUGUUUUGUUGUCAGCAGUCAAAAUGUUCUAACCCUUCCUGGGCUGGAAGGGACAAGGAUGAUCCCCCAGUGAUGUCAGAUGUCAUCAUCUCCUGUUUUCACAUGACACCAUGUAACUUGUUAUAUCUUAAAUAUGUAUGUCAAACUGUAUAGAUACUUCUAGUCAUUUUUUAGCAAACUGUUAUCUCUUCCACUCUGUGUUGAGUUGGGGCAUGUAUUUCUUGUUCCCGAAAUAGUAGGGUUUUGCAGGGCCUUAGAGCAGUAAAUCAUGCAACUUUGUUGUUUUAAUUCAAAAGUACUGGAGGCAGGUAAUCUGUUUAUAAAUUUAAUAGUUUAUAAGGCAGCUUGGAGAGGGUUGUUUCAAUGCAAGAUGUGUUCCUCUCCAUCCUGUUUCUGCCUGUUACCUCCCAAUGAAGUGACUUGAUCUUAGACCUCAAAAUUUGACAAAACUUUUCCCACUGUGACUAAGAUCAGUCAGUUUUGAUCUACCAUAAAAGGUAGAUAAUUUUAGAGGGAGGGACAGGGCAUCUUCUAAGAUUUGUCCCUACCAAGUGUUUUAGGGCAAAGCAACAGAGCUGAGCUAGAGAUACAGAAAGGUAGGUGCAUAACCUUUUUUAUGUGCCCUGUUGUACGUAUGACACGGAAGCUGGUUAAGUGAGGAAGGUGCUUUUUGCUGGGAAUACCCCAAUCCUGGAGGGUGGCUGAGCAGCACCCUCCCCUCAUGCACUGAACCUGGCAGAAGCCAGGCUCUCAGCCCCAUUUGCUGGGCAGCAGGAUCAUGGAUCCUGUCCAUGUGUGAUGAUAAAUCUGUAAUGACAACCUGGAUAUUUUCCCUUCUCAGUCUGAGACAUGGUGGCACCCAGUGCCUGUGCCUGCUGUCCUGGAAGUUUUGGCUGUAAUGGUGCACUCUCAGCUUGUGGAAUAAUGUGGUAACCUUUCAGGAGGGCUUGGCUUUAUAUGAAAGAAAACAGGAAAAACAUGUUCUCUUUUAAAAAAAGCAACCACAUCAUAAGGAAUGGUUUUUCCUGUGUGCAGAAAGUAUGUUUUUGUGGCUGGAAUAAGUUAAUCUGUCCACAGUAGUUCAAUGUAAUAUCAAGGUUCCACACAGCCUCUGUCAUUGUGACUGCUGGUGCUGUAGGUAGAGAGCAGCAGUGCUGGAGGGGAGCUGUUUGAACAUGGCUUUAAAAUGUUGAUGCAAUUUUAUAUUCUAGUAAGUCAUGCCCAUGCUGAUUUUUCUCCUUAUUAUUAUGUUCUGUGCAGUUUCUGAACAAGAAGCAAUUCUCACUGUGGAGCAUUUUACUGGAAAGUGUUUUGGGCUCAGUUUGGUGUGGUGGUAGUUAAAAUAGGAAAGCUCCCAGUAUAUAAAGUUUAUUUUUGUUAUAAAAAUUCUCCCAUUUGGAUUAUUUCCAGUGAGGUUAAGGCAUCUGCAUAGAAGGAGUUUUUCUAGAAGCAUUUUGCAGCUCAUGGUGCAGGCAGGGCUGGGAUGCUGAAGUGGUGGGAAGGUGCAGCUGGGAGCUCUUUGUACUGCACUGCCUUGGAGCUCCCACUCGUUGGUAGCUGUUUAUAGGACUUGGGCUUAGCUUCUAGUGAUUCAUACCACUUUUUUUAUGUGUGGGCAGAAUUAAUUCUAUUUAUUUCAGUAUAGGGGAAUCCUUUUUUUUUUUUUAAUGUGUAGGUUUUUCAGCCUCCACAGGUUAGGAGGUUUUGUGUGUGCCCUGUUGCAGUGGAAUUGCAGUGAAAAUCCCUUUACAGCAUGCACUGUGUCUGCCACAAGAGCAUCAUCAUGCAGCAUGAGCCUCCACUCUCUGCUAUUUUAAACCAGCAUUGCAGUUCACACGUGUGCUGAAAAACUGCAGCAUACACAAAGGCAGGACACCUUCCCCUUGCUGGAAGCUGUGAGCAAACAGAAGUGAAAGCUACCUCAGCCCCUACCUACGCUGGCCAGGCAUCAGCGUAAGCAGGAAAUUGAUUCAGAUAACCCUGGGGUGCUCUCACUGACACAAAACAGCACUUUUUCCCCUGACGGUUUCCCUUUGGUUUCAGUUCAGAGAGCCCAUGCACUGGAAGCCAGAAGUGGGAGCAAAGCUGCUGCAACCUGCCCUGAGUCACUGACAGAAUUAAUAUAGUCAAAAACUUGCACAUAAUUAAGUAGAAUAAGAGUUUACUGCUAGAAAUGAAUGAUCAACAGGAAAAAGAAAGAUGUCUAGUUAAGAGGCUUCAACUCCUGUAACACCUAAACCUAAGUGCCGCUCCCAUGGCCUGUGACGAACCCGCUGCUCUCUCGGGCAUCUUCACGCGCCAGAACUCCUCCAGUACCAGCUCCCUGGACUUCGAGCCCGACGCUGACUACAAGUUUGUGGAAAGGCUGGAGGAGCGCUACAAGUGCGCCUACUGCCACCUGGUCCUGCACAACCCGCACCAGACGGGAUGCGGGCACCGCUUCUGCCAGCACUGCAUUCUCGCUCUGAGAGAGUUAAAUGCAGUACCCACCUGUCCUGUCGACAAAGAAACGAUAAAAAUGCAUGAGGUAUUCAAAGACAAUUGCUGUAAAAGAGAAGUUCUCAAUUUGCAUGUAUUCUGCAAAAACUUUCCUGACUGCAAUUCAAAAGUAAUUCUGGGGCGAUAUCAGGAGCAUCUGCAGCAGUGUUUGUUUGAAAGCAUGCAAUGCACUAAUGAUGGAUGUCGGGAUCAAAUUCUUCGCAAAGACUUGAAAGAGCACUUGAGCUGCCACUGUAAAUUCCGAGAAGAGAGGUGCCAGUACUGUAAUACAUAUGUGGUGUUAAUUAACAUAAAGAAUCAUGAGAAAAAUGACUGUCCUGAUUUUCCUGUGCCUUGUCUCCAAAACUGUUCACAAAUAAUUCUGAAAAAAGAGAUUGAAAAGCACCACGCUGUGUGUCCCGAGGCAGAAGUGGACUGUCCAUAUAAGCAGUAUGGCUGUCAUGUAAAGGUUAAAAGAGGGAAACUUGCUGAACAUGAAAACAGUGCCCUGAGGGAACACAUGCUGCAGAUUUUAGACAAGAACUCCCGGUUGGAAGAACAGAUAUCUGACCUGUAUAAGAGCCUGGAAUGUAAAGAGAUUAAAAUCCAGCAGCUAGCAGAUGCCAUUAAGAAGUGUGAGAAAGAAUUCAGACAGUAUACACAACUGUUUGGUAACAAUAGCAGCUUGAUGGUGAGCACUCAGGCUCUGGCCAGUCACCUGGAUAAGUCUGCACGCCUGGAAUCACAAGUGAAACAGCUAAUACAGAUGGCAAACCAGCAGCAAAGCAAAUUAGACCUGCGGCCCCUGUUUGACACAAUUGAAAACAUGAAGCAGAAGAUUGCCCUGAUGGAGACGUACGACCAGCGCUUGGUUGUUUUGGAAGAUCAGUCCAGCAAACACGAUCUCCAGAUCAAUAUUCACAAAGCACAGCUCAAUAAAAACGAAGAACGAUUUAAGCUUUUGGAAGGCACGUGCUACAAUGGGAAAUUAAUCUGGAAAAUCACGGACUACAAGAUGAAGAAGAAGGAGGCAGUGGAAGGCCGUGUGCUGUCCAUAGCCAGCCAGCCCUUCUACACCAGCCGCUGUGGGUACAGGCUGUGUGCCAGAGCCUACCUGAACGGGGACGGCUCGGGAAAGGGAACGCACAUCUCCCUCUACUUCGUGGUCAUGAGGGGCGAGUUUGACUCGCUGCUGCUGUGGCCUUUCAGGCAGAAGGUUACACUCAUGCUUUUGGACCAAAGUGGGAAAAAGAACCACAUUGUGGAAGUCUUUAGAGCUGACCCCAACAGCAGCAGUUUCAAAAGGCCGGAUGGAGAAAUGAACAUCGCCUCCGGCUGUCCGCGCUUCGUGCCGCACACCGUCCUGGAGAACACAAAAAACACCUACAUCAGAGAUGACACUCUCUUUUUGAAAGUGGUCGUGGAUCUAACUGAUCUGGAGGAAUUGUGAAAAGCGUGCCCGAUCUAUGUGACUGCCGUAAGCGUGAGGAACUACUUUUGCAGUGAACACCAGCCAUGCAAUAGCAAAUUGCCACCAGUCAGGCUACUGAGAAUGUUUCAUGGCUUUGGACUACAGGACAGAUACUGAAUUGCCAAAGCAUAAGCCUUUCCUUUUCUACCCUUUUUUUCAAGACUGCUUUUUUAAGGCAGCUAGAAGUCCAUGUUGGUGCAAACGUGCAUUCGAUCCAGAUUGGUUCAGUCCAGGCUGGGGGAAUGCUUGGCUCCCAUCACCAGAGUGGCAUUUGGAGAUGAACCUCUUCCAGUAAAUUCCCUGGAGCCCAGGCAGGCCUGUGGGCUCCUCUCCCUCACACAAAAGUGAAGCCAUGCCCAAACAUGCAAGUGCAUUUCAUCUGUCUGCAAUGGAAACAUUUCAACAUUAGCAAAUUCGAAUCAAUGAGUCUUGAUCCCUCCGUCUCCUGGAAUUUUGAAGCAGGGAGAAUGGCUUCAGUUAGGCAGGGAAAACAUUUGCCAAGUAUCUUGCAUCUUUUUUAUUUAAUUGUGUUUUUCCAGGAAGCCCACAGGAAGGAGCCAAUGCCUCUUACUUUUUUAGCCUGUUUCUUCAGCUGUACAGAGAACCCCCAGGUCACAUCUUUCUUGUGUCCUUUCCAUUCCUGCCUAGUGCCUUGGGACUGGUUUCCAUUGGUGGUGAACAUCCACAGUCCCCAUCUGAAGCCAAAAGCUGCAGGUGCUUCUCACCUCUCAGGACAUGGCCAGAGGCAGGGCACUCGGCCAGCCUGCCAGCUUCUGGAAAAAGGGCAAAAGUCCUGUUCUUUUGCUUCCACAUCUGUGCAAAAGAGAUGUUUUCUGGCCUUACCAGCUCUACAAACAGCAGGAAGACCUUGGGGAAUAGCUCACAUAACAUGCACUUUUUUCCUCUCUCCUAGGAGUUUGGGAAAGAAGGGAGGAAAUGGGUUAGGGUUUGAGGUUGCUGUAAGAACCCGAUUUUCACAACCAGUGCAGCCUUAGUGUCUGCUAAAGGAUGACACAGCUGCUUACUGCGAUGUCUGAAGAUCUUAAUUUUAUUCCAAGUUCCUUCCAUACUGCAAGGGAAUGCGUGCAGGGUUUAUUGGAGACACACUAAAACCACCAAAACCAGGCACUGAGGAACAAGUGACUCAGAACACAUGUGCCUUUUUAAAGCCCUUUGGGUGCCUGUGAGAGGGAUGCAAUUUUGCAUACUUGCUAUGACAAGUGGCAGAAUUUUGCGUCUCUCAUAUCUUACAGGUUAGCAAGGGAAACACCAUGGCAUUAUCUGUUGCUCCAAAGCUUAUCGAGAGGCAGCAAGAAACUAAAUUGGUUUUAGAGCAAGAGUAAACUAGGCAGGACAAAAACCAAAACAGGGCACAGACUGAAAGGUGUAAGAUAUAAAAUUCAGGAUGGCAAAUGUGGCAAAAUGAAAAAUGCCCUUCCUGUGCAGGAUGUUGAUAACAAAUAAUUCAAGGAUUGAUACCAAGAUGAAGGCAAAAUACUUUAUUUUGUAUCUGUGAUCUUAUUGCUAGACAUUUACUUUCCCGCAUGGUUUUCAGGACAUAAUUCAGACACAUGUAUUUUCUAACUCAGGGGUGGAGGGGAAAAGACCUUAGUAAUCUGUACCUCAUGGUGGGUUAGCACAUGUGAAAUCUUUGUUUUGAUCUAGAAGUCCUUUUUGUUUUACAAUGCCAAGAUGUACUGAGUCACCAUAGGGGCUUUCCAUGUUCAUGGGGACAGACUGUGAGGAACAAAUUUUAUUCUUGUGUGCCGCCACCGUUGACCUCAAGAGCCAUUUCAGCUGUAACACAGAACUAAUUAUGCAUAACACUUUGUUACAGAAAGAGCAGGCUUGUUUUAACAGUGGUGUGCCACUCUUGAGCCUGGAUUUCAUGUCGAUUAUUACUUUAGUAUUUGCCAUAAAGUGACACAACUUGCAUAAUAACCACUAAUAACUGAUGGGAAUGUACCAUCCAUGUGUCCUGGGGUUCUCCAGUACUUUGAGUGUUAAAUACAGAAAGUGAUAAACAACUUGGACAAGUGAGGGAGGCAAGAUGAAAGGGAUGUGUGUGGUCUGUAUCCUGGCAAAUUCCCAGCCCUCUCUGCCUCCACCACCCCAAAUGUAAAAUGGGGAUAAUAAUACUUGCAGAAGGGUUAGGGCUAUUUAAAUGUUUGUGGAGAAAUUUGAGCAUGAAAAGAGCUAAGUAUUAUUAAAACUCCAUUUCUAUUUGUUAGAAUAGGUGAUGGCAUAGUGAUGUGAAUAAGUGUUUAGUGUUUUCCUAGACAGAUUUUGGAAGCAUGUUUGGUUUUAGGCAGUUUGUACUGCAAUCUCUCCUCUACCUACUGGUUGGGUUUAGGUUUUUGCCAUGAAUAUUCCUUUUAAGAUUCUGAAGCACAAAUUCAUCCUGGGUGAUGGAAACAUCCCUUUUGAAAUACUGCCUGUUUUAUAAAGAAUUAGUUGAGAAAAUUAAUUUUUUUAAAGACAACCUUCUUUAAAUUGGUUCUUUUUAGUACAGAAAUUAAGAGAUUUCUGUUAAAAUUUUCAGUGAUUUUUUUUACUACUUGUAAACAGGGUUUUAAAUUUCAUCCCAUUCCUAGUAAAAAAAAUGUUGUAUAGCAUGAAUUGUCAGGAAGAAUUUUGAUGUUGCAUGAAGAAUACCAAAAAACUUUUCAAUAAUAUUGUACUGGGUAAGUAACCAAACGAGCGGUAGGGUAUUUCUACAUCAGCAUACCGUAUGUUUCUAAUCUAUUUAUUGAUAGUUUGUAGUUGUUUGAGUAUCUCUUACUACAACAGAGGCAUUUUUCUAGCUGAGUGUCUUUACUGUGUACAUAAACUAAUGUAACAAUAAAUAAUUUUAUCAUCCUUCUGGA